AUGCGCCAGCACGAGACUUCUACUAAGCCGGCGCCACCCCAGGCGGGGGAGGAAGAUGAGGCGCUUUCAGGCGAUCUCAUGUCGUACACGUUUCGCGGUCAGCUUCUAGGCAAGAUUCUGAAUGAUACCCGCUGUAAACUGACCUGGCGGGCUUCGGACCGGAAGAUGGUGUCGAGUAUGAUAAAUACACUUAAAAAGAACGUAAAGGACGGCGUCCUGAGCGUGGUCUGGGAUUAUAAGCUAAACGAGAGCGGUAUUAGGUGGCCCAAUCAAGUAAGGGAUGCUUGGAUCCAUGAGAACUGGUGGGGUGAUGAUGAAGCGGUUCUCGUGGAUGCUGGUCCCGAGAUUGACGAUGCGUCCGUUGCUCAAAAGGUGAUGGAAACCGAGGCCUUGAGACAGGGCCAGGCAGGCGUGCAGGAGGUGAGAGUUGAGGUGGAAGAUGCGUUGCCGUCUCCGGAGCCCCAGCAAGCAGGUGUGUCUUUCGGACAUCUUCAAGCGCGGUGCGACAACGUUCGCCGCCUCGACCUGCUCGCGAUCGAAGUAUCUCAGGCUGAAGCGACAGCUCAUAUUGACCUCAUCGAGCGAUUCGUUGCCGGCUGGGCGCACACCGAAGGCAGUGAGACGGUCCCGGUCCCGUUGCCUCUCUCAGUCUGUAUAAUCCUUUUUCUGGCCUCUAUAUUCCCGUUAUUGCUGCUGUCUUUGCUGUUAAGCCUGGAGACGGAGGGUAUGCCGAUCGAUAUAGCGUCGGUCGCACCGCUAAGUCAAGCCCAAAGCGCGAGGGCGGAAGCCUUUCGCCGCCGAGAUCAAGUAGUAUAG